UUAGAACUUGGAUGAAGUACAUAAAUCCUGAUGUUGCUUGCAUUUCUAGAAAUACUCUUGUUUCUGAUAUUAACCGAAUCUACUUGAAGGAGAAAGAAAAACUCAAGUAUGUUUUGACAACUAUUCAGAAUAGAGUUUGUUUAACUUCAGAUUUAUGGACGGCGUGCACUAGUGAGGGUUAUAUUUGCUUGAUUGCCCAUUUUGUUGAUAAUAACUGGAAAUUGAAUAGUAAAAUACUUAGUUUUUCUCAUAUGCCCCUCCACACUCAGGAGUUGAAUUAGCUGCAAAAUUGUUUGAAUAUUUGAAGGAAUGGGGAAUUGAGAAAAAUGUUUUCUCUUUGACAUUGGAUAAUGCAUCUAGUAACGAUAACAUGCAAGUUCAUUUGAAAGAGUAACUCUCUUUGCAUGAUAGUUUAUUAUGUGACGGUGAAUUUUUUCAUGUUCGUUGUUCUGCUCAUAUAUUGAAUCUCAUUGUCCAAGAAGGUUUGAAAAUGGCUACUGUAGCUUUGAAUAAAAUUAGAGAGUCGGUCAAGUAUGUUAAAGGUUCAGAGAUUAGGAUGAAGAAAUUUGGAGAGUGUGUGCAAGCAGUUGGUAACAUUGAUACUAGUAUUGGCUUGCGAUUGAAUGUGUCUACUCGUUGGAACUCAACAUAUUUAAUGUUGGAUAGUGCCAUCAAAUAUAAAAAAGCUUUUGCUUCUCUUCAAUUCAAUAACAAGAAUUAUAAAUAUUGUCCUUCAAGUGAAGAGUGGAAAAGAGGAGAGAAAAUAUGUGAGUUCCUUGAGCCAUUUUAUGACACUACUAAUUUGAUCUCUGGUUCUUCUUAUCCUACAUCAAAUUUAUAUUUUAUGCAAGUCUGGAAAAUUGAAGUUUUGUUAAAGGAAAACUUAUCGAAUGAAGAUGAGGUGAUAAGUUGUAUGUAUAAAAAAAUGAUGGAGAAGUUUGACAAGUAUUGGACUCAAUAUAGCAUGGUGCUUGCAUUUGGAGCUAUUCUUGACCCACGAAUAAAGCUUUCAAUGUUGGAGUUUUUUUAUUCAAAGAUUAAAAGUGAUGCUCUUAAAUGCCAAAAGAAGAUGGAUCUUGUGAAGACAAAAUUGUAUAAGCUUUUUGACCAGUAUUCUAAUACGAACAAUACAAGUUCUUCACAACCACAAUCUUCUACCACACAUACACUUUCACAAAGUGUAGGAGGAGUUAAAGGAAAGAACAAAAGAAUCUUUGAUGAAAUGAUGGCAUAUGAGAGCCAAACAAUUACAAGUGAUGGAAAAUCUCAAUUGGAUCUCUAUUUGGAAGAGCCAAAACUUGAAUUUGCUUAUUAUCAAGAUUUGGAUAUUUUGGAGCAUUGGAAGAAUAAAAAGCAUCGGUAUCCAACCCUUGCACUAAUGGCAUGUGAUGUUUUAGCUAUUUCUAUAACUACUGUUGCAUCAGAAUCAACUUUUUCCAUUGGUGCUCGUGUGCUUACCAAGUAUAGAAGUUGCACCCUUCAUGAAAAAGUGCAAGCUCUUAUUUGCACUCGCAAUUGGUUACAUGGUUAUGCUAUUGAUAAAGAUAAUGAAGACAAUGCAAGUAUCAAAACAACAUUCUCUAAGCAAGAGUCAAAUACUCUAGAAGAGGAUAUUAAUGAAGAGAAAGGAGGUGAAGGAGGAUCAGAAGAAAUUGAUGCGGAUGAUGUUAUUGAUGAAAUUUAAAAAAUAUUGUGUUAGAGUUAUUGAAUUUUUCGUUUCAGUUUUAUUUUAUGUUUUGGCAGUAUUAUUGACUUGCUGAUUGCUAUGGUCUACUGGUUUGUGGAUCUGCGGACUGUGGCUGUGGUGUAGUAGACUAGUAGUGCUUAGUGCUUACUUGCAACUUGCUGUAAAUGUAAUGUUGUUAUGUUUUGACAGUAAUGUUGACUUGCCGAUUGCUGUGGUCUGCUGUGGACUUGCGGACUGUGGCUGUGGUGUAGUGCUUACUUGUUGAGUUGCUGUAAAUGUAAUGCUGUUAUGUUUUGACAGUAUUGUUGACUUGCUGAACCUGCGGACUGUGGUGCCUGUGGUGGAGUAAUGCUUACAGCUUGCUGAGUUGCUAUAAAUGUAACUAUGUAAGGCUGUUAUGUUUUGGCAGUAGUGCUUACUUGCUGAUUUGUUAUGUUGAGUUGUUGUAAAUGUAAUGUUGUUAUGUUUUGGCAGUAGUGCUUACUUGCUGAUUUGUUAUGUAAUGCUAUUAUGUUUUGGAUUGGAAUUUGGAGUCUGCAUUAGAAUUUAGAAUUUGUAGAAUUGUAGUCU